AUGAGAAGUGGAAGUCUGGCUUUUGCUGUGAUAAGCUUCAGCCUUGCCCUUUUAGAUUACUGCUUGUUUUUUUCGUCAGUGGGCCACUGUCCUGACCCUGUGCUGCUAAACGGUGAGUUCAAUUCUUCGGGGCCUGUGAGUGUAACUGAGAAAAUCGUGUUUAAGUGCAAUGGCGACUACAUCCUCAAGGGCAGCAAUUGGAGCCGGUGUCUAGAGGACCACACCUGGGAACCUCCCUUUCCCAUCUGCAAAAGUAGAGACUGUGGCCCUCCGGGGAAUCCGCCUCAUGGCUAUUUUGAAGGAAAUGACUUCACUAGAGGAGCUACCAUUACUUAUUACUGUGAAGAGGGGUACCGCUUAGUGGGCACGCAGGAGCAGCGUUGCGUCGAUGGGGAGUGGAGCGGUGCACUUCCAUCCUGCGAAGCUCCCAAACCAGCUCCACGGACCGCUUUCGAGAGGGCGCUUCUUGCCUUUCAGGAGAGUAAGGACCUUUGCCAAGCCACAGAGAACUUCAUGCAACGAUUAAAGGAAUGCAAAUUGACAAUGGAAGAACUAAAAUAUUCUCUGGAAGAGAAGAAAGCUGAGUUGAAGGAAAAAAUGUAACAUUGUAGCUGAACAGAUUGGUAAUAGUAAUACAUCUAUGAAUAAAUUUUCCUCUUGGUU